CUUCAAAGGAUGUAUAUGUUGGGCCCUAGUCUGUUAGGCCUAUUCGAUAACGGCCCAUAAUCUCACUACUGUGUUUCCUCUCUUGCCAACGGCUCUUACAAAAUUCCCUCGAAAAUUGCAGUGUACAAGACAGCAGCUGAAGCAAGAGUUCCCGGCAACAAUGGCGCCGAUAACAACCAUCACCCGCUGCUUUAUCAUCUCAAAUUCCUCUCAAUCUUCACUCCUAAAACGCCUAUUUCAUCCCCGCCUCUUCCAUUCUCAUCCCAUUUCUCCGUUAUCAUCGGCUCCCACAACAAUAUCAAAACCACCAUUGCAGUCCCAAUCACUAUUAUGUGUAUCCAAUAGAAAAGCCCAACUUUCCCUGACCCACUUUUGCACUUCCUCCUCAUCGGCUUCCGAAUCACCGAUAAAUCCCACCACCGCACCCCGAAAGCGAAGCACAUUAGUCAAUUUUUCAUUAUCUGAUUCAGAGUCGGACUCAGAAUCGGAAUCUGAAGACAAAAGAUCAAGAGAUAGACAGAUUGAUAAGUCCAAACUACCACCUCCCUAUGACCCCUUUAAUAAGAAACCGAUUAUCGAGGAACCCGAGGAUCCAAAGAACUUACAAGAAGUGUUUCAUAAUAUGCGAGGUGAUGGGCUCAUGAAUAGUGCAGUCAAGAUGUUCGACGGAUUGUCUAAGGACGGUUUGACUCACGAGGCCUUGGAGCUGUUUUCUCAGAUCAAGGAUAAGGGGCAGAUGCCGGAUGUGGUGGCUCAUACUGCAGUCAUUGAGGCGUACGUGAAUGCAGGGCAGGCAAAGGAGGCGUUGAAGGUUUAUAUGAGGAUGUUGGCUUCUGGGGUGUUGCCGAAUGCUUAUACGUAUAAUGUAUUGAUUAAGGGAUUGGUGGCUAGUGGGGAUGCGAAGUUGGUGAAGGAGGCGAAAACGUAUGUAGAGGAGAUGGUAGAGAAGAGGGGGAUUAAGCCGAGUGCAGCAGUUUGUGUUGGGGUUUAUGAAGGAUUAAUGAAGGUGGGAUUGGAAGAAGAGGGGAAAGAGGUAUUGGAAAUGUUGAAGAGUAAAGGGCUUGUCCCGGAAGAGGAGAAAGUUAGGGAUGCUUUGAAGAAUAAGAGAGGACCUGCUUUUAGGACUGUUAUGAAUGUGUUAUAUGGCAAGUGACUAGUAGAGGAGAUGUCAAUGUAAUGUUAGGUUCGUAAUCAGUGGGAAACUUGGAGGGAGGGCUUAUCUUGGUAAAACUUGCACUUCUGGAGACUAUAUGUUAGUAUUAAUCAAUGUUGAGACUUUUUUAUUUUAUUUUAUUUUUUCUCUGAGAAGGAUUGCAAGUGUCUGGGACCUUUUCAUUAUUCAAAUUCGUUGAGAAUAUGCAUUUAGCUAGAUUUGGAGCCUAAGAGUUGUAAGGUUGAGAUUUUUGACAUC